GAAGGGUAAAACACAUUAGAUGAGUAUAUCAGAAAAUCUGAUUCUCUCAAGGCUCUAGUUAAUGAGUGUGGUGGAAGAUUUCACUCAUUCAACAAUAAUGACAUGCAGAACCGCUCACAGGUCACUGAACUUCUGGAGAAGAUUGAGAGGAUGAAGGAGAAUGGAAUAGGGUACUACACUAAUAAGAUGUACGAAGAAGCUCAGUGGAGAUUAAACGGAGAACAGUUCUGGUCUGGAAAUCCUCAGAUUGUGUUGCUGGGUAAAACUGGAUCAGGAAAACCAGUGCUGUCAAAAACUAUUGUGGGCCGACAGAGUUUUACUAAAACCUGUGAAAUACAAGAAGCUUGUGUUGAUGGAAAGAACAUGAAAAUAAUCGACACUCCAGGACUGAUUGAUGCACCAGCAGAGAAGAUGAAAGCUGAAUGUUUAGGAAGUUGUGUCCGUAUGUCUGCUCCUGGUCCUACUGUGUUUCUGCUGGUCAUCAGACUGGAUAAGAGAUUCAAAGAUGAGGAGAAAAACACAGUGAAAUGGAUUCAGAGGAACUUUGGAGAAUAUGCUGUACAUCACACCAUCAUUCUGUUCACUCAUGCUGAUCAUCUGAAGCAACAAUCAUUAGAUGAUUAUAUCAGAGGCAAUCCAGAUCUACAGGCACUUACUGAAGAGUUUAGUGGCAGAUUUCACUCAUUCAACAAUAAGAACACGGAGAAUCACUCACAGGUCACUGAACUGAUAGAGAAAAUUAAUGAAAUGGUCGAGAAGAAUGGAUUGCUGCACUACACCAUUGAAAUGUACCAGAAAGCUCAGAGAAAUAAACAGUUCUGGUCCAAGAAACCAAGAAUUGUGCUUCUGGGAAGGACUAGAUCAGGAAAGAGUGCUGCAGGAAAUGCCAUCAUGGGUCAAGAGAAUUUUAAGAGGAGAAAUUCAACUGAUUGUUCUACUGAAACCUGCAAACUGCAUACGGCACAUGUGGCUAGAAAAAGCAUAAAAAUAAUUGACACUCCAGGACUGAUUGAUGCACCAGCAGAGGAAAUAAAAGAUGAAUUAGAGAAGUGUGCCCGUAUGUCUGCUCCUGGUCCUCAUGUGUUUCUGCUGGUCAUCAGACUGGACAUGAGAUUCACAGAAGAAGAGAAAAACACAAAGACAUGGAUUCAGAGGAACUUUGGAGAAGAUGCUGUACAUCACACCAUCAUUCUGUUCACUCAUGCUGAUCAUCUGAAGGAACAAUCAUUAGAUGAUUAUAUCAGAGGCAAUCCAGAUCUACAGGCACUUACUGAAGAGUUUAGUGGCAGAUUUCACUCAUUCAACAAUAAGAACACGGAGAAUCACUCACAGGUCACUGAACUGAUAGAGAAGAUCAAGAGUAUCAGAGAAGUAUCAACUUCAUCUGAACUUAGAAUUGUUCUUCUGGGUAAAACUGGAUCAGGAAAGAGUUCAACGGGAAACACCAUCCUGGAUCUGCAGUACUUUGAGACGGGAGAUUCACAAGAGUCGUUUACUAAAACUUGUGAGAAAGGAAAAGUGAGGAUUGAUCAAAGGAGGAUCUUGGUCAUUGACACUCCAGGCCUGUUUGAUACGACACUGUCGCACAAGAAAAUGAAGAAAGAGAUAGAGAGAUGUGUGGAGAUGUCUGCUCCAGGUCCUCAUGUGUUUCUGCUGGUUGUUAGAGUGGGGAGAUUCACAGAAGAAGAGAAAAACACAGUGACAUGGAUUCAAGACAAUUUUGGAAAAGAUGUUGCUGACCACACCAUCAUUCUGUUCACUCACGCUGAUCAUCUGAGGGGGAAACCAUUACAAGGGUAUAUUAGUGAAAAUGAUGAUCUCCAGGGUUUUGUUCUUCAGUGUAAUGGCAGAUAUCACUCAUUCAAUAAUGAAGACAUUGAGAAUCGCUCUCAGGUCACUGAACUACUGGAGAAGAUUGAGAUGAUGGUGAGAGAAAACAGCGGACAGCACUACAGCAAUAAGAUGUACCAGGAAGCUCAGAGAAGGAACACUUUCUUAUCAACAUCUGAUAUCAGGAUUGUUCUGCUGGGCAAAGCUGGAUCAGGAAAGAGUUCAACAGGAAACACCAUCUUGAAUUCACAGUAUUUUGAGAAGUCUAUAUCACCAGAUUCAGUUACUAAAACCUGUGAACAUCAAGAAGUAGGGACAGAUGAAAUGAUGAUCUCAGUCAUCGACACUCCAGGCCUGUUUGAUACGAGAAUGUCAGAACAGGAAGUGGAGCAGGAAAUAAAGAACUGUGUGGAGAAGUCUCUUCCUGGUCCUCAUGUGUUUCUGCUGGUCAUCAGACUGGACGUGAGAUUCACAGAAGAAGAGAAAAACACAGUGAAAUGGAUUCAGAAGAACUUUGGAGAAGAAGCUGCAAGUUACAGCAUCAUUCUCUUCACUCACGCUGAUCAUCUGAAGGAACAAUUAUUAGAUGAGUAUAUCAGAGAAAGUAAUGAUCUCAAGGCUCUAGUUAAUGAGUGUGGUGGAAGAUUUCACUCAUUCAACAAUAAUGACACGCAGAACCGCUCACAGGUCACUGAACUUCUGGAGAAGAUUGAGAGGAUCUUAGAGAUAAAUGGAGGACAGAUUGGGUCUGAAAAUCCUCAGAUUGUGUUGCUGGGUAAAACUGGAUCAGGAAAGACCAGUGCUGUCAAAACUAUUGUGGGCCGACAGAGUUUUACUAAAACCUGUGAAAUACAAGAAGCUUGUGUUGAUGGAAAGAAGAUGAAAAUAAUCGACACUCCAGGACUGAUUGAUGCACCAGAAGAGAAGAUGAAAGCUGAAUUAGAGAAGUGUGUCCGUAUGUCUGCUCCUGGUCCUCAUGUGUUUCUGCUGGUCAUCAGACUGGAUGAGAGAUUCAAAGAUGAGGAGAAGGAAACUGUGAAAUGGGUCCAGAACAACAUUGGUAUAGAUGCUGUACGUUACAGCAUCAUUCUGUUCACUCACGCUGAUCAUCUAAGGGGAACAUCGUUAGAUAAGUAUAUCAGAGAAAGGGUGUAUAAGACAAAGUCACUGGUUAACAGUAGUGGCAGAUAUCAAGCAUUCAACAUCAGAGACCCUAACCAUAAUCAGGUCAAAGAGCUGCUGGAGAAGAUUGAAAGCACAGCAGAUGAAAAUGAAUGGGGGUACUACACAAAUGAGUGGUCUCAAAACAUUCUCAAACGUAAGCGUUGGCUUAUUGCAGCAGGCACAGCUGGAUCAACAGUAGCACUAGCUGUAGCAACAAGAAUCACUGCCAUUGUAGUAACAGAUUUAGUCUUUCCACCAGCACUAAUAAUUACACUGGGAGGUCUUGCUUUAGCGGGAGGAUUAGCGAUUUAUAAAAAAAUGGAAAAAUAGGACAGUUAUGCAAAUCAUUGUUUGCAUGACUUUUCCGGUUGAUUUGAACAGAUGGUACAUUUUACAUACUGGAUUAAAAAUUAUUUUUUCCUGUGUGGUUAAAAUAAGCAUAGACCUUGAUGUUUAAUAGUUUGAUCUUUUUGAAAUAAUAAUUCACCCUGAGGCCUUAUAUGUUAAGUGUAAGUCAGAAAUGUCAGAUUAAUUGUUUCUGUCAUUUAAUUUGAAAUAAAGGUAAAUAUGUUUUUUGAUCUGAUUUCUGCUUAUAAUAACAUUACUCCUUACAAAUGUACUGCAGAUUUUUAUUAUUGUCAGUUUAAUGCUUAAAGUUCAAAUAUUGCUGCACUAUUUUCAAAAUGGUUAUUUGUGAUUAAAUGGCUUUAUAUGCUUGUAUCCAAAUCAACAUGAAACAAAGUAUUCCAGUAGUGCACCAAAAGAAAGUUGUCUCAUGAAAUGUGCCCAUAAAUAAUAAAAACCAUCAU